ACAAGUUGAUACUUUUGAUCUUCUUUGUUAGCCUUUUGCCCCACAAAAUGAAUUUAUCAUAUUCUCAGUACUUCCUUUGCCUUUACUUUUCCUGGACGGUGGCAGCCGGUAACCAGCGUCCAGCAGUUAUAUUUGGACGUUGAAUUGAAAAGACAAUCUUAAUUCAUCCCACAUUCUUUGACUGCGUAACCUCUAAUCGGUAUGUCUAACUCUCCUUACAAUUUUUCACCACCAACUUGUGCCUUCAAAAUUUAAAUUAUUCUUAAAAAAACUAUGUGAGCCUGUCUGUUUGGGUGUUUGUCUCAUGCAUAUGUCACUGUACUGUGAGCUGAUUUUUGUUGUAUAAUUAUAAUUUGAUUUCGAUUUUCAUUUCUGGUUUUAAAUUGUUUAUUAAGUGUAUAAUAAUCUUGGGACAUCAUCAAAUAAAUAACCAAUUCUGUCUUUAUUUUUUUUUUUUUAUAUUUGCUUUGUCAUCUUCCUCGGUGCUUGGAUGGAUCCAUAAGAAGUUUAGUACGGAUUUGUAAUCUUGGAAUAGUUUCCUCUUCGCAGUAUUUGUUCUGAUUUGAUCUAGAACGGUCUGAGUUUUUUAAUCAGAAUGAUUUCACUUGAUAAUGGGAUUGGAAAUCCCAAAGAUGAAAUUGAGGAAUCUAAUGUGAGUGAAGUGAAGGAGUUUGCAUCUAUAGAUAUUUCAACAACAGACAAAACAUUUCUGAGCAGUGAAGAUCCUCAGAGUAAGCUUCAAGGCACCUUAAGUUCUUCUGUUCCUAAUAGGAUAAAGUUUCUUAAAUUUGGUUCUGCAUCUGCCAAAUUCAAGAGGCUUGCUACUGAGAGAGAUCAGGUUUCACUAUCUGUGCCUUCUCGUCCAAAGAGCCUAAAAGCACGAUUCAGUGGCUUGUUUGCUCAGAAGCUUGAUGGGGGUUCAGUCAAGAAGAUGUGCAUGGAAUGGAUCAGAAGCCCGGUGAACAUGGCACUUUUUAUGUGGAUCACCUGUGUCGCUGUUUCGGGUGCAAUUCUGUUCCUUGUCAUGACAGGCAUGUUGAAUGGUGUGAUACCAAGAAAGUCUCAGAGAAAUGCUUGGUUUGAAGUAAACAACCAAAUACUCAAUGCACUGUUUACACUCAUGUGUUUGUACCAACAUCCUAAGAGGUUCUACCACCUUGUUCUUCUGAUCAGAUGGAGACCAAAUGACAUCUCUAGACUAAGAAAGGUAUACUGCAAGAAUGGCACUUAUAAGCCACAUGAGUGUGCUCAUAUGAUGGUAGUGAUCAUUCUCCUUCAUGUUAACUGUUUUGCUCAAUAUGCACUCUGUGGUCUAAACAUAGGGUAUAAAAGGUCUGAGAGACCUGCCAUUGGUGUUGGAAUAUGCAUAACUUUUGCAAUUGCUGCUCCUGCAGUUGCUGGCAUGUACACUAUUCUUAGCCCACUUGGGAAGGACUAUGAUUGUGAGAUUGAUGAAGAAGCACAGCUUCAAAUUACUGCUUCUCAAAGGCAAGAGCAGCUUAGAGAGAAACCAUUUGAGAAGAAAUAUUCAUUUGCAUCCAAAAAUGAACAAAGGGUUGUUGAAAAUAGACCAAACUGGAGUGGAGGAGUACUUGACAUUUGGAACGAUAUUUCCUUAGCAUAUCUCUCACUUUUCUGCACCUUUUGUGUGUUUGGGUGGAAUAUGGAGAGGCUUGGCUUUGGAAACAUGUAUGUUCAUAUUGCCACUUUUAUGCUGUUUUGUAUGGCUCCUUUUUGGAUUUUUGUUUUGGCUUCUGUUAACAUAGAUGAUGACAAUGUUAGGCAGGCUCUAGUAGUUUUUGGAAUCAUACUUUGUUUCCUUGGUUUACUUUAUGGUGGCUUUUGGAGGAUCCAAAUGAGAAAGAGAUUCAAUUUACCUGCCUAUGACUUCUGUUUUGGCAAGACUUCAGUUUCUGAUUGCACACUUUGGCUAUGCUGUUGCUGGUGCUCUCUUGCUCAAGAAGCACGGACUGCAAAUAACUAUGAUCUUGUAGAAGAUAAAGAUAAACUCUCUAGGAAAGAAAUUGAUACUGAUGAACAGCCUUCAAUUUCACCUUUGGCUCGGGAAGAUGUAGUGUCAACCAAAACUGGACCUAGUUCUCCUAUGGGUAGCAACACUUCUUAUAUGAUAAAAACAUCUAGUCCUUCAAAUUCAAGCAAUGUCUUAAAGGGAUAUUACAGUCCAGAUAGAGUGCUAUGUACUGUAAAAGAAGAUAACUGUGAAAGAGGUAAAGAUGGAAUAAUGAAGCCACCGGUUCCCUCAAGAAUACAAAGAGAGACUCCUUAGUCCCCUGAAGAGAAAAAGGGUGAAAGGAUUCUUUUCCUUUUGCUACUUAAGUAUGACAUUAUUUGAGAUGACCCUUUACAUUUUUAGUGCACCCCAAAUCUUAGUUUUGCUCUCAAGUUUCACACUCAUCAAUAUAAAGUAACCAACCAUUUCUUUAA